AUGCCGGCGUUAUCGUCCACUAUUUGUCCUCGCGUAGCUCGAUCGGCUGCUUCUCUCUUUCUUCUGUUAUUCCUUAUCGAGAGCUCAUUCAGAUACGUCGGCUCUUUGCGAGGGUGUGAGGCCCUCAGUUGGUCUUCUUCUCAUCUUCUUCCCCAGUCCAGAUCUGAUUCGUUCCUCUUCAACAAAGCCUUUCGGUGGAAAGGCAGGAAACAACCCAGCCCUCGGACUUCUUCCCUUCCAUCUGCUCUCCUCACUUGUGCCCCAGGCUCUUGCUUCCUCUCUUCUGUCGUGAACUCUCAGCUCUCUUCUUCUUCUUCUUCUCUCCCUUCUUCUUCUUCUUCUUCUUCACUUGCUUCGUUCUCUGUGUCUCCUCUUUGCGGCGUCGCUCCGCACCGUGAGCCUAGGCCAGCAAGCGCGACGGCGGAGGGUCUCUCUUUUCGUUCUUGUUUUUCUUCCGGUCGAUUUCCUUCUCCCCGGUUCCCGUCUGUGUCUUCGUUUCUAUUUCCUUCUUCUUCUGUCUCUCCUUCUUUCUCGUCUUCCUCGUGGUCUUCUUCUGCUCAGUCUUCGCCUUCUCUUUUUUUCCUGUCUGCCUCCCCUGUCUCUGCUCUUCUUGCACAGUCUGCUGUCUCUUCGUCUUAUGCACUGCCAUGGUUGUCUUCUUCCUCGCGCUCCCCUUCCGCCGUGUCGGCGCUCUCGACUCCGACGACUCCAGUCACUCCUCUCCCCUUUGCUUUGUUCAAGGAGGCAAACACCUGGGUCGAGUCUCUAAUAGCUUCGCACAUCGUUCAACUUCAGAGACGAGGUCGACGCAAUGAGCCUCCUCGCGAAGGGCCGUCGCUCAACUGGGAUCUCCUUGCUGACGGUCGAAUUUUAAAAAGACAAAUCGAGGGAGGCGAAGGAACUCUCUAUCCGAAUCCUCAAACGAAUGUGACUGUCGAAUUCUCUCUCCACACCCUCUCGGGGUUCAAGAUCGCAGACACCCGCGCUCUCAACACCACGAUGAUGGAGUUUCCUUUUGCCGAUGCCAUGCCGGGCAUGCAAAUCGCCCUCGCGAGCAUGCGCAAGCUGGAGAGGUCCGUUUUUCUCCUCAGCCCAGAAAUGGGCCUUCCCCUCGACUUCUCUGUCGACCUCGAUCUGUCUGGAAGAGAAGAGAGCUGCAUGCGAAGAGAAGACGAACCAGAUCUCCCGCCAGCGCUGCGAGGGCGAGGGCGAGAGGAACUGCAGCAGAGGAAAAACGAGGAAAGUCCAACUAGUUUCACUGUCAAAGGCGGCGAGUGGCUUGCAUUCGAUCUCACUCUGUGUAACAUCUAUGACCGCCAUCGACCGUGGUGGCGCAUUUCUCCGGAUAUGGAAUUUCUGAAGAACCUCCCUGUGGAGCACAUUCCGGGCAACAUGACCCAUGACGAGUGGCUAGAAUAUAAGGCAGACCAAGUGCGAGACAAGAUCCAGGACGAAAUGAGCACCAACCCCGCGAGUCCGUACUGGGAAGACAUCGAGCCCGCGAUGAACGACAUGCAACGCGAGAGAGUUCAGAACUACACGGCACGACUCUACGGGCUCGACAAACCGCAAGACCCGCGCAGGGACGGAAGCCGCGGCUUUCGCGAUAGCGUCUUGGGUCGCUCGGGGGGCAUGCGUCACGGCUGUGAAAUGGGAGACAGGAUGAUGGGCAGGUCCAAGCACUACGUGUGGAGAGAAAGCAUGUUCAACUUCGAGAUUGUCCUCUUUCUCCGAGACGGAAUUCGCGCCGAGCACAUCACCUGGGAUAUCACCAGCAAGCGCCUCGACAUCUUUAUCGGUGGGAACCGGGUUUUCGGCGAUGAAUUCGUUCACUCUGUAGACCACGGUGAAGGAGCAACGUGGACACUGACAGAGGCUGCUGCCAAGCAAGAGGCAGUGCCUCUGUCAGAGCUUCACGCGUUGUACGCUUCUGCGCCUCUCGAAGUACCGACGCGGCUUGAUCUCCCAGAUGCUCCGUUACAAAGCGCUCCGAGAACGACGCCGGGAACACCUGCUUACGAAUUUCCCCAGCCGCAGCCGAUAGGCCAAUUACCUGAAGAGGCAACAAGUUACACAUGCCCGACGCUCUUGUCGACUCUCAAGGGGCAACUCGAAGAUCUGAAGCUGCCUCUGCAUCAGCCGGCGAUGCACAUUCAUCUCCCGAAAGCAAGCAGCUGGAGAGAAAUGUGGGGGAAUCCCUUCAAAUUUGUUUGA